UUAAUAAUGUGAAAGAUAAUAUAUAAUUUCCUUUCAGGGGGACAGGGGUUACAAACUAUUCUUGAGAUUUCUUUACUACUUAAUGUCAUGUGUAUGGGUGCUUUGCUUGCAUGUAUGUCUGGGCAUCACAUGCAUGCCUGGUGCCUACAGAGAAUUACUGCAGAAAAGGGAUUCAUCUCCCCAGGAACUGGAGUUCCAGACAGUUGUGAGCUGUGUGUAGGUGCUGGGAAUCUAACAUGUGUCUUCUGGGAAGAGCAGUCAAGUACUCUUAACCACUGAGCCAUCUGUUUAGUUAGCCUUGUUCUUGGGCGCAUUUCAUUGGUGUAUGUUCAGACACACACGGUCUUGAAGUCCUGAAGAGGUUGCAAGUGUGGCUAGAGGUGGAGCUCUUGCCUAGCGUGUGCAAGGCCUUGGGUUGAUGGUCCUCAAUACUGCAAGCAGGACAACUUCAUCAGCUCUUAUUCUAGGGACUGGGUAUGUAGCUCAGUGGGUAGAUGCUUGCCUGGCAUUCCUGAAGGCCUGAGUUUGAUCCCAAGCACUGUAUGGUAGAGAAUGCCUGUCAUCCUGGCACUCCUAAGGUAGAAAGAAGGGUCAGCCUUGCCGACAUGAGUGAGUCUGAGGCCAGCCUGGGUUACAUGAGAAACAAAUAAACAUAAAGAGAGGCAAAUACCCACCUCUGGGAAUAGCACUGAAUCUAAAAAGAAAAGCCUAGCUUCCUUUUCAAAGUUGUGUGAUUUUAGAUUGCUCUUGUUUGGUGGAUGUUUGCAUAAGUAGUAAAACUUAGAUUUCUGGCAUUAGUAAGCGUUAGCAAAGUUUAUGUCUGUAUAGGCAUAUGGACAUAUGGAUAAUUUAAAUUUGGAAUCUCUGGGUUAGCUGUCUUCAUGGUUUAUUUUCUGGAUUCAGCUAGGCAGAUUCAAGGUAAGUAGUGAUUUUAACAUCUUACAGACAAUUUUUUGCUGCUUAAUUUGAGAUUAGUCUGGAAAUAUUAACUUUGAAAAUGAAGAGCAGCUAUAAUAUGAGAUGUCUGUUUCUGUGAGGUAUGUGCACAUGCCUUUGUAGCUGUGUUUAAGGUAUUGCCUUAAACAUCUGUUUAAGGUAUUUCCAUUUUUAUGAUGCAGUUGUCUAAAGGUGGUCUGUCUGUCUGUCUGUCUGUCUGUCUGAAAAUACAAAGCAUAAGCUUGGUCAAAGGAAGGAGUUUCUUUGAGUCCUGGCCUUUUGUUUCUGUUAUACUGCUAUAGUGUGCUACAUCACUGAUGGUUGUUGUGAAUGGUUGUUUCACAUUGAUCUCUCCUCCCUCUUCUUUUUUCUUUCCUUUCCUCUACUUCUUUUCUUUUUCUUCCUCUGUGCUAGUAGUGAACUCCAGAGCAUCACACAUGCUGGGCAAAUACUCUUACCAAGAAACUGUACUCUUGGCCCCCACUUCAUAUGUCUUAAGACUGAAAAUGGAUGAUCUUUUCUGUUUUUGAGACACUGGUCUCACUGUGUAGCCUUGGUUGGCCUGGAACUUGCUGUGUUGACCAGGCUGGCUUUCAACUCACAGAGAUCCACCUGCCUCUGCUUCUAUUAUAUUGGAAUUAAAGUGGUGGCUGAAAAUGGAUGAUUUUUUAAUUCAGACACUAUUACUUAUCAUAAGGACUCCAAUGUUAAGUUUUAGCUGUGUUUUCUUUUGUCACCAUGUAUUUUUGUUUUGUUAUAAGACAGGGUCUCCUUGUAUAUCCCUAGCUAGCUUUGAACUUACUAGAUAGAUUAGGCUAGCUUGAAUUUAUAGCAAUCUACAUUCUGCUUCUCCUGUGCUGGGAGUAAAGGUGAGCUCUAUCAUGCCUGGCUUGUUCCUAGUUUUCUGUUUUUAAUAUUCAACCUCACACUGUAGCCCGGCCUAGUUUGAAACUAUCUGUGUAAUCUAACUUAGCCUUAAAUUUGUGGCAGUCCCCCUGCUUAGACUCUGAGGCGCUGGCCACCAUACCUAGCUGUCAAUGGAACUUAACUUUUAUUUGGGUUAUAAUCUUAUUUACUAAGAAUAAAAUUUAUUUAUAUUUCCAGAUUUGGAUGAGUAAGUUGUACAUAAUUUUUUUUUCUAGUCAAUCAGAGUCGUUGGAUGAGAUGAGACCUUGAAAGGACUUUGGGUUUAUCUGCAACUUCGGUCACUAUCCUACCAAAAUCACCCCAGGUAAUAGAGAAGAGGAAACCCAGCCAGUGAUUAUGUGAUACUAUGGAAGAAGAUGGAAACAACUUGUUUACUGGAUUAAGAGAGUGGCGACUGCACUAAAACAUGGAUAGAUGCAAACAUGUAGGGCGGUUACGGCUCGCCCAGGACCACUCCAUCCUGAACCCUCAGAAGUGGUGCUGCCUUGAGUGUGCCACCACGGAGUCUGCUUGGGCCUGCCUCAAGUGCUCCCACGUGGCGUGCGGCCGCUACAUUGAAGACCAUGCACUGAAACACUUUGAAGAGACUGGACACCCGCUGGCCAUGGAGGUCCGGGAGCUCUACGUGUUUUGCUACCUUUGCAAGGACUACGUACUCAAUGACAACCCCGAGGGGGACCUGAAGCUGCUGAGAAGCUCCCUCCUGGCGGUUCAAGGCCAGAAGCAGGACCUGCCCGCGAGGCGUGGGCGGACGCUGCGGUCCACAGCUGCAGGCGAGGACGUGGUCCCGCCGCAGCGCACUCCUCAGGGACAGCCGCAGAUGCUCACGGCUCUGUGGUACCGGCGCCAGCGCCUGCUGGCCAAGACGCUGCGGCUGUGGUUCGAGAAGAGCUCCCGGGGCCGCGCGCAGCUGGAGCAGCAGCAGCAGGAGGAGGCGCUGGAGCGCAAGAAGGAGGCGGCGCGGCAGCGGAGGCGCGAGGUCAAGCGGCGGCUGCUGGAGGAGCUUGCCAGCGCACCCCCGCGGAAGAGUGCGCGCCUGCUCCCGCAUGCUCCCGGGCCUGUGGCUGUGCGCCCUGCUACCCUCGCUACCUCCCGGCGGGCGCCCAUGGCUGCGCUCAAGCCCCGCCGCCAGCCUGCGGUGGCCCCAGGUGUCACCGGCCUGCGCAACCUGGGUAACACCUGCUACAUGAACUCCAUCCUCCAGGUGCUCAGCCACCUCCAGAAGUUCCGGGAAUGUUUCCUGAACCUCGAUCCUUCCACCUCGGAGCAUCUUUUUCCCCAAGCAACCAACGGGAAAGCUCAGCUCUCCGGUAGGCCAGCCAGCAGCUCUGCCACCGAGCUGUCGGUGAGGAGUGCCCAGACACAGGGGUGUGAACCUCGGGGCCUCUGCUGGAGCAGCGGAGCCUCCAUCAGCAGGAGCCUGGAGCUCAUUCAGAACAAGGAACCCAGCUCAAAGCACAUUUCCCUCUGCCACGAGCUGCACACCCUCUUCCGAGUCAUGUGGUCUGGGAAGUGGGCGCUGGUGUCACCCUUUGCCAUGCUUCAUUCGGUUUGGAGCCUGAUUCCCGCCUUCCGCGGCUACGACCAGCAGGACGCACAGGAAUUUCUCUGUGAAUUGCUGCACAAGGUGCAGCAGGAACUGGAGUCUGAGGGUUCCACACGCCGGAUCCUCAUCCCCUUCUCCCAGAGGAAGCUCACCAAGCAGGUCUUAAAGGUGGUGAACACCAUCUUUCACGGGCAGCUGCUCAGUCAGGUCACAUGUGUAUCAUGCAAUUAUAAAUCUAAUACCAUUGAGCCCUUUUGGGAUCUGUCCCUGGAAUUCCCUGAACGCUACCACUGCAUAGAAAAGGGACUUGUCCCUUUGAAUCAGACAGAGUGCCUGCUCACUGAGAUGCUGGCCAAGUUCACCGAGACAGAGGCCCUGGAGGGGAGAAUCUACGCUUGUGACCAGUGUAACAGCAAACGACGAAAAUCCAACCCCAAACCCCUUGUUCUAAGUGAAGCUAGGAAGCAGUUAAUGAUCUACAGACUACCUCAGGUCCUCCGGCUACACCUUAAAAGAUUCAGGUGGUCUGGCCGUAAUCAUCGUGAGAAGAUUGGGGUCCAUGUCGUCUUUGACCAGGUAUUAACCAUGGAACCUUACUGCUGCAGGGACAUGCUCUCCUCUCUUGACAAAGAGACCUUUGCCUAUGAUCUCUCCGCAGUGGUCAUGCAUCACGGGAAAGGGUUUGGCUCAGGACACUACACAGCCUAUUGCUACAACACAGAGGGAGGUUUUUGGGUCCACUGCAAUGACUCAAAGCUGGAUGUGUGCAGUGUCGAGGAAGUGUGCAAAACCCAGGCCUACAUUCUUUUUUACACCCGAAGAACAGUUCAGGGCAGUGCAAAACUCUCAGAACCCCAUCUCCGAGCUCAGGUGCAGUCCAGCAGCAAGGACGAACACAGAACAUACACAUUUCCCUGACUGGUAGGCAUGCAUCAAAAUGCCCUUCCAUUUUCCCUCUUGGGAAAUAAGGCUUGCCACAGUAAGAGUACUGGGUUUGCCUCACUGGGUCUAGGGGACACAAUGCCCCGUGAUUCCUGCCCUGUCAAAAAAUUGGUAGUCACUUUCUUUUGAAAACACAUGGAAAUUCCCUCCUUUCAUAAAACCAAUCUAAAGGAGUAACUUCUAUGAAGAUUCUCUUGUCAGUUGCUUCUGGAAAACAGAGGGCUCUGGGUAGAGGAGAGGGUAACUGACCAGGCAGGAAGAGCAAUCGUUCUGUCUGCUCUGUCAUGAGUUCCCUACCAAUCGGGACCUCCUCGCGGCACUGCAGACCACAUGAGGAGUUGCGGAGGCUGGCAGCUGGCCAGACAGACUGGUUCCAAGGUGAAAGUCACAGGAUUUAUCCACAUAAACGAGGUAACCAUCAAGGGUCAGGGCUUGCAGAAUUCCUUCUUAGGAGAGAGUUGAAGAUGGGGUGAGGGGCAUGCAGCAGAUGUCCCCAUGCCAAGUGUGAAGCUUUCACAUGGGGCUUCUCCCAAGCUGCCACUGCCAUCUCAGCACUGCACACUGGGAAGCCAAGUCAUGAGCCAGUCCUUCCUUUUGAAGAGGUGGUCAGAGAAGGAGCCAGAGACCAGUGCACCACAGUCUGCACAUGGUGAGCCACGGACACUCCUGACUUCCCAGUCCUGGAGCAGGGCCCUGGCUCAGGUCUGGAACAGUCAUGGUUUGCUUUGGAUUGGUCUUUGGGUCAGUUGUCAGAAGCCAUCUCAGAAUGCAGUGAGGGUGAGCAGGGCUUGUCUGACUGCCUGCUGCUCCUGGGGUCUCACCUUGUGUGGCAUGCAGCUUCUUUCCUCCACCCAGAACAUGGGUAUCUGCAAGCUUGGAAGCUUUUGCCUCUCUCAGGUGUGAGCAGUGCUUAGGGACUGACCGUGUGCUUGUGGCCCUUGCCUAUUCUGUUCCCAGUCUGCUAUUUAUUCUCAUCUGCCACUUUGUCCAUGAGGAACAGAGCAAGACUCCCUGUCUUUUACUCUGGUAUUAGUAAAAUCACAUCUUUGGAAUUCAUUCCAUUUCUAAAUGGAAUUCGAGUACCCAGAGCCUUCCUCCCUAUCAGGCACAGUAAAGCCUUUUUCUCUUUGCAGUGGCCACUGCAGCCUCCCCAGUGAAUGCUCUCUUUUGAUUAAGUAGCUUGUGUUAAUGUUUGAAUUCGGGUAGUACAGUUGUCACUUUAAGGGUGUUGAAGGGGUGGGGAACAGGGAUGGUGAGGCUGAAGGAGGCAGCUGCAUUUCCCAGGCACAUGUGUAGCAUUUACUGCUGCCCUCAUUUGAGGUGAACUCUCCUACAGGCCUGCCAGAUAUCACUAGGACAUGGAAAAAUCAGACAGAAAGUGGCUCUUCCUGACAGGGAUAGCAUGCUAGAUUUAAACUUGCUUUUUUACAACACUGUGAGGUUUCUGUGAUAUUUAGCUUUUAUUUGGAAGCGAUAACGUAUGGCAUUUUUGUGCUGUUUGGUUUUUUACUGUCUAUUGCAGGCUUUUUUGUGAGCUUUGCUAGGGCUCCUCCUCUCCUGGGCACUGUUUUAAAGUGUCCUAGUUGCCCACACUGCCUGAGGUUCUAAUGUAAAGCUGUACCCCUGAAGUCCAAUUACUAAGGUGGCAUGAUGGUGAUGAUUUGUUACCAUGGUAGGAAAGGCCCUUUCAAAAACAAAGCCAGGUGUGGUGGUACACCAAGUAAGGCUAGCACUUGCUGAGUGCUGAAGCAGGAGGAUCAUGAGUUUGAGGCUACACUGGGAGACCCUGUCUGAAAAACAAAAAUUAUUUAGAGUAAAAAAGGAAACAAGACCAGAUUGCUCUUUAAACCCUGUGUUUGUUCUAGAAAGAGAACUUGAAGGCAGAGAAUACAUCUGUCUGCGCAGAGGGGAAACAUAUUAAUCAAUAUAAACACUUAAAGGAACAUUAAAAGGUUCUAAUUCAAUUUUUUAGUUUUAGAACAGUUUUAGAACAGCUAUCAGCAGGACUGGUAAGCAGAUUAGGGACUUUAUAAAGCCAAUGCUUUGCUGACUUGAACAUAUGAGAAUGAUAAAAUCACUUAAAAUAAGUUGGAACUGAAACCCGCUGUCUCCACUUGAGCUAUCCUCAUGAAGGUGCUACUGCAACCACAGACAACACAUCAGGCACCGGAAGCAGCAGCAUAGGUUAGGGAGGUGGUGCUUAGGAUCUUUGUUGCAGAAGAGCUGUGCAGUGUCAGGGCUACUGUGCUGUCCUCUGCCUCUGGUGUCUGUGCACAGGCAAAGCAGAGCGCAUGUCAGUUGCAUCACACUGAAACAUUCUAGAGAGAAGAAACAGACAGACCUUAGCUAGCUGACUCCAGGUCAAAUGCCAGGUGCUGCUCUCCCAGCAGCAGUCUCAGGCUGUGAACCCUUUGCCAUUGGCUGGUGUGUUUACUUACUGCUGUAGCCAGCCAAGAUGGAUACACCUCGGCCCUCAAAAAUGACUUCUUACCUCAGUCUAGCCUGGCCCUCAUGCUUGUGAUUGCCUCUAAGAGCAGCACCCAUUAUAGUGCAAAAGUAGCAGGGAUACCCUUGGCACCAGGAACUGCAGCUCUCAACACACGGCCAGCAGAGCUCUUGCCAGCUUUAAUCCAGCCCCUCUGCCUGCUAUGGGAGGGCAGUGCCACAUGGUAAAGAACUUCUAGAUGUCUCUUAAAACGUCAUAAAUAAAAUUUGAAACUGUAGAAGUGUUAAUGUGUCCUAUGGACUCAAUAGCAGAGUUUAUUUUUGUUCACAAUGGCAAGGCUUCUAGAGUCCAUGAUUGUAUGAGGUCCCUACUCUGGCUAUCUAUGCCUUCAGCUCUAUCCACAUUCAGGGGAAGAGCCAAUGAGGUGGACUGGCUGGCAGUGCCCCAGAGUAAGCUGAGAGGUCAGUAGUUGCGCAGAAUGAAAACUUGCGGUAGGGGACUUGGGGGGGGGGGCAAAAAAGAUCUCAAAUUUGUUUUACUGAUGAAGCUUUGUGAACUAAUUUUAUACAAUUCAUAAAAUUUGGUGCCUUGUACUUAAUUAUGGUUUGCAUGAGAUUGAGAAAGGGAAGGGUUCCUUCUUGUUAUGUCGUAUGGCAGAUGGGUCUGUAGUGUUUAAAGGACAUGUGCUAUCAGAUUUUUAGAGCAUUCCUAUCUUUGUGUAUGAAUGCGAUUGUUCUUACCAGCAAGUUCUAGAGUUUUAAUGCCCAAAUUGUAUUUGUAAUCAUUCAUCAAAUGGCUGUCUUUCAAGGCAGGCAACACACACCACUGUUGUUCAUUGUUCCUUGUAUAUGCCAGACAUUAAUUCUGGCCUUUUCUGGAAGGUGACCCUUUCCUGAAUGUGGAUGACAUCUCUAUUUGGGGUUGCAGCUUAUGUGUGGAAGGGUUUCCAGUUAGUUGGGAGAGCACGAAUGAUCAGAAAAGCCUUUAUCUAAAUCAUGGCUAAAGCUGGCAAUGGAAUCAACAUGAAUUCUGGGGUCUUUCUGCACAAACCAUCUCAGGAGGCAUGUAAAAACCAGUCUCCUACAUGUGACCCUUUAGACUGUAAGAGAAACCAGUACACCGUAAUAUGCAGAGUGAAUGAUGUAAAAUGAUGUCUCUGUCACCAUCACCCUCUCCACUUUCUGGGCAAAUGCCAACUGGGAUGCUGCUAAGUGGCUGCAGAAGGUAGUGAGCCUCAGUCUGUUUUGCCAGGGCUGGUCAGAGCCAGUUCUUUCACUCCAACCUUAAGUUUCUGCUGAGCUUGUUGAGACUUCACCGUAGGUGUUUAAAAGCUCACCAUUCAAAGCUCACUUGGUAACUGGGUCCUUUGACCUAGUUCCUAGACUAAUUAGGUGAAGAGUUGUAUCCUUGGCGUGAAAUUUUCUAGAGUCACUUGCUUUACUUUUUAUUUUUUAACCAGCUAAGUGUGCAUCUCACAGGCAGUUCUUUUUGUCAGUGCUAAAGCUGAGAAGCGCCUCCUCAGGACUGUGAGCUUCAUCUCUCUUCCACAUUCCUAUCUGCUGAGUCCUGGUCUGUCACUUUCCUACGUGCUUGUCAACCCACACACCGGGGCAAGCUUAUGAAGCAAGUGAUCACUUUUGUGAAAUCUGUCUAUACUUACGUUGGCAUGUUUCACUUAAAAUAUAACUAGCUGCUGGGGAAAUGGCUCAUUGCUAAGGCCCUGGUUUCCAUCCGGCUCCACUAAACCGGCUUAAAUGAAACUGCCAAAUCAGCUUUAUGACUUCAAAAAGCAACAGUAAAGUUACUUGAAAUUAAACCUUAAAAUUUUAGUGAAAUUUCCUUUCAAUUAUGCUUUUGAAAGCUAUCGCAAAUUAAUUCUUCAUAGAUUCUGGGGGCUUUGAGGGGAGGUUGUUUUGUUUUGUUUGUUGGAGAUAGGGUUUCUCUGUAACAACCCUGGUACAGACUAGGCUGGCCUCCAACCCACAGAAAUCUGCCUGCCUCUGGCUGGGAUUAAAAGCUUGUGCCACCACGCCUGCUUAGAUUCUGGUUUUUAACUUAGGAAAUUGUUUAAUUAAAUAGAACUGCUCAGUUUUAGGAUCAUAUAGCAGGCUGCUAUUUCCUAGCUUAGCCAGGGUCAUGUGGGGUUCUACAUCUAUGACACAGCUUAAGAAACCACUUCUGGGCUGGAGAGAUGGCACAGAGGUUAAAAACACUGCUUGCUCCUCCUGAGUUCCUGAGUUCAAUUCCCAGCAACCACAUGGUGGCUCACAACCAUCUAUAGAGAUCUGGUGCCUUCUUCUGAGGUUCAGGUGUACAUGAAGACAGAACAUUGUAUACAUACUAAAUCUUUUUUAAAAAAGAAAAAGAAACCACUUCCUAGUCACCUUUUGAGGCUUUGAAAGUAAUGGCUUCAAACCUAAACCUUAUCCUUGUGUUCAUAUUCAUGGCCCUGUCUCCCCUUUAAGACAUAGUCUCACUGGGUAGCCCUGGCUAGCCUGGAACUUACUAUGUAGACCAAGCUGGCCUCAGAGAUCCACAUGCCUCUGGGGUUAAGUGUGUGGCACCAGGCCCAGCCUGUCUUCCUCUUAAUAAUCUCUAAAAUGAGCUUUUCAGAGUAUCAGGCACUACAGAGCCUGGAAUCCUAACCUGUACCUGGCAUCCUAACUGGCGCGUGGAAGCAGCACGGUAGAGUUCAUGGCCGUCUUCAACUAUGUAGUUAAGUUUGAGGCCAACAUGGGGUACAGAGACCGUCUCAAAAAACAACUUCUAAUUGCCCUCUCUUAAAUUAUUUUGUGGGUCAAAUUCAAGAGUUUCCUGCAGUGAGCUAUACUCCUAGACCCUAGAAAACUGCUGAAUGAAUAUACCAGCAGAUCCAGGAAGGCAGCUUUAUCCUGUUCACCUUUAGUGAGCUGCUGUAAGUAACAUCUAUAAUAGUCAAGAAGCUGUGGCCCAGUUACACCAAUCCUUUCUCACUCAUGCUCUGUAAUCCAACACCAGUUCUAAGGGGCCUGGCUCAGAAAAGCAGUUUUUAAAUGUCCAGUCAAUUGACUACAUGAAAUUACACAGAGCCUUUUUCCAUGACCACCUGGUACCAUGGCCACAGGAGACUCUCCAUGCUGGUUCUUCACGUGCUUGAAAGAACACAGUUGCAUCGGCAGAAAUCUUGGGGUAAGAAGCAUCUUUCUGUGCAGGAAGCUGCUUCCUUGUGCCCACUGACACGUUUGCCACCACCCAGAUUGAUGCCCUUUUCUGCCACCAAAUCUUACUCUGUUCCAGCAUCAAUGCCUUCCAGAUGUCUGGAAAAACCCACCCGGCAAACUAAAAUGCAAAAACCACCAACUUCUUCCUCCAGGAAACUCAAUCAGUUAUAUGGCGCAUCUGCAUCCCCGUGGAGUAGAUGGUUCUGUUCCCAUUUCUUUUUUGUUUUUCCUUUUCUUUUUAAAUGAGGCAAAUCAUUUCCAUUGCAAUCCAUGUUUGGGGCUCAUUUCUGUCUCUUGAGUGUGAAAUACAAAUCAUGUUUUUGGUUUUUUUUUGAUUUUUGUAAACUGACUUUUUACACCUUGUUUUUGUAAGUUUCUUAUUAAAAGAAUAAAACACC